GAUAAAGGUUUUCACAUUAACAAAAGUGCUUCUUCUCUAUUUGAAAAAGACUAUGGAAUUGGACACCCAGCUUCCAACCCCACAGUUCAUAAGAAUCCAAGUUGUAGUGAUAUUAUGGGCAUGAGAGUGAACAUGUCAUUACCAGUCUCUCCUUCUUCGAGUCCUCUUCAUCAAUGCAAACAAUAUAAUAGAAGCUGCCUCCCAUCUCCUACCCAUCCAGUCUUUUCUGCUGGAGUUCUCAGCAAUGGCCAAAGAGAUUACUCAUACCAAUCAAAGCCGAGCAAUCUUCCAGAUUCUAGUCCAGAUAUUUCAGAACUAAAAAAUUAUUCACAUUAUCAGUGGCCAAGAAGAUGAGCAAU